AACACACCCAAAUCUCUUAACCCUAAAUUAAUCACCACUCCUUAAGCUGCUAUAUCAACCAAAAACCUUCCUUCCUUCACCUCCCCUCUUCGUUUUCUUUCUUUCUCUUGCAUGGCCUGACGCUGUAUUGUUAAAUUAUAUCUUCCUCUCCUUGCGUUUGAUUCUCACGCCAUCACCUGAGUCUAAGGAUGUCUCGCAGUUGCUCACAGUGUGGAAACAACGGCCAUAACUCUCGGACAUGUGGGGAGAGCUCUUCUGGUGGUGCCGCUGCCGUCAAAGGAGAAGAGAAUGGUAUCAUGCUUUUUGGUGUCAGAGUCAUGGCGGAAGGUGCUUCCUUUCGAAAGAGUGUUAGUAUGAAUAAUCUCUCCCAGUAUGACUAUGAGCAGCAGCCUCAGGACCCCAACGCUGAUGCUGCCGCCGGUUAUGAAUCUGACGAUGUUGUUCAUGCCUCAGGCAGGAGCCGCGAGCGGAAGAGAGGAGUCCCGUGGACUGAAGAGGAACACAGGCUUUUCCUGUUAGGGUUGCAGAAAGUGGGGAAAGGAGAUUGGAGAGGAAUUUCUAGAAACUUUGUCAAGACACGUACACCUACCCAGGUCGCUAGUCAUGCGCAAAAGUACUUUCUCCGGCGAAGCAACCAAAAUCGUCGCCGCCGCCGAUCUAGCCUCUUCGAUAUUACCACUGAUACAUUUGUAGGUUCAUCAAUGGAAGAAGAGCAAGAAACUGUAGCUCUACCCCUGCCACCACCACCACACUUGACCAAUAAUCUUGGAGGAUUUCCCAUGUCAACUUUCCCAGUAUCGCUUAGCCCUUUAGUAUUACCAGGCACUGGCGACAACUCGGUGGACAACCUCUCAUUAGGCUCAAGCAGCUCCAAACUGCAGAUAUCACCGAAGCCCAUUCGUCCAAUACCAAUAAUCCCUGUUCCUCCAUCUUCCAAAAUGGCUGAUCUCAACUUGAACCAAAAGAGUCCCACCAAAGAUCCCUUACCGCUAUCACUGAAGCUAUCUGCUCCUUCCUCAGAGGAGCAGUCGCCAACGGCAUCGACAACGACGCACUCUUCUUCAGCUUUUCAGGCCUUGUCCGGUGGUGACAGCAUCAUUAGUGUUGCUUGAAGAAUAAUGUGCAAUUAAGCAUAUAUGAUCAUACAUAAUUGAAAAUUUGGUAUUAGCUAAUAAUUAAAAUGAGAACAAUGAACAGGGAAAAGAUAUUGAUUAGCAAAAAAGAGGUUGGUUAAUUAUGAUUAUAUUAUUAGCAGCUAGUAGGUGAUUUAGGUCAUUUCUUUUUUGUACAGGUCGUAGCAGGGGAAAGAAAGAUGGAAUGUCGUUUUCUUUUGUGGGGAAGACAUAUUGGAUUCUUGUUUAAUUUGUAUGCUUGCUUCUUAUGCUGAAGUGAUAGAGCAUCCAGUACUCUUAGCGUUCAAUUUGGUCUUCUUCUAUGAUUGGUAGUGUAGUGGUAGUGGUAGGCUAGUUGAUAUUUUAGUACUUUGAACAGGGAAACAAAAGAUAUGAUGAAGUUUAUAAAUUUUUAUGUGAAUACUCAAUUUAAUGCUU